GUGUUUGCUUACUUUGGUUAUGUCGGCAAUGACUUCCUUAAACAAGAAAAGUCUAGACUCAUGAUGGGACCAAAACUACACACCACCAUUAAUUUCAACCAAAAAUAUCUCAACUCAUAAUAAUAUUCAUCCCUUUAUAUCCCCAUUUCAAGCAUACCCAAAACCAUCAAAAUCUCAAGCUAAGCCAUGGCAGAAGAAUCUCCAAAAGAUCAGCACACUACACCAACAUCAACCUCAGAGUUGAUGACAAGUGCAAAGACAGUAGCAGAAGCAGCACAGUUAGCUUGUUCACAGCAGACAGACAAGAUUGAUAAGGCUAAGGUUGCCGGUGCUGCUGAAGACAUCUUAGGAGCUGCUAAAACUUAUGGGAAACUCGAACAAACUACUGGUAUUGGACAAUAUGUAGACAAGGCUGAAGGCUAUCUUCAUCAGCUUCAUGGGUCCUCUGAUACUCAUCCUCCUAAGGAGAAGCCUAGUGGUGAUGGUGAAGGUGGUGGUGGUGAUGGUGGUGGGUUGAAGAAUGUGGCUAAAGGCUUGGGAGGUUUCUUCAAGUGAUCUUAAUCUUAGCUUAUACUUGUUGGCUUAUGCGUUAUGUGUUUGUUACGUAAGUUUUGGCAAAUUCUUGUGAGAGACGGUUUCUGCGAGAGACGCAUUAGAUAUAUGGGCUAUAUAUAUAUAGCCCAAUUAAAGAAAAAAAAUGUAGACUUCUUAUUUUGGAGUCGUGAUGUCUCACAAGAGUAGCCGUUUAGUUUUUAACUUUAUUUAGGUGUUGAGUGGGUGUUAUAUUGUGAUAUUUUUUUAUGUGAUAAUGUGUUGUAUUGGCUAGUAGAAAUGUAAAUACAAUGAAUAAACAUAAAUAAAACUACACUUAAUUACAAUA